AUGGCUGAGUCCUACAUGAGAAAGCUGUGCACCACCCUGAUGGAUGCCAUCACCGACAAGGAUGUCCAAGUGCAGGAGCAGAUCUGCAGUGCUCUGUGCGCACUUGGCGAGACCCAGCCCAAGGAGACGCUCAGCGCCUGUGAGGACUACCUGCGGCAGCAUGAGAAGCUGGCCCACCCGUACCGUGCAAUGAUCCUGAAGGCCACGGAGGCCAUUGUGCGCAGUCACAUCAACGAGCUUGACAAGGACACAGCCAGGGCUGUCAUCCUGCUGGCCUCCAGCGAGAUGACCAAAGCCAAGGACCUGGUCCCUGACUGGCAGCAGGCUGCAAGCAGUGUCCUCGUGGCUGUGGGCACACGACUCAUCAGUGCCGUCAUGGAGGAGCUGCUGAGCCACUUCCAGCCGGGCCUGCUGCCCCACUACUUCGUUGUGCAGACAUUUGCCAGCCUUGCAGCGUCCAAUGUGUUCGGCACGGUGCCUUUCCUGCCCUCCAUCCUGAGCACCAUGCUGCCCAUGCUGGUGAUGGCCAAGCAGGACGUGAUGCGCGUGGCGUUCUGCGCUGCGCUGCGGCACUUCAGUGAGAGCACUCUGGAGUACUUGGCCAGCCUGGACCAGGCCCCGGACCCCACGGUCAGAAAGGACACCUUCUCCUCCGAGAUCUUCAGCGCUCACGAUAUUCUCUUCAACCACUGGCUGCAGAGUCGGGAAGCCAAGCUCCGGCUGGCCGUGGUGGAGGCCCUGGGGCCUAUGAGCCACCUGCUGCCCAAUGAGAAGCUUGAGGAACAACUCCCCAGGCUCAUCCCAGGGGUGCUUGCCCUCUACAGGAAGCACGCCGAGACCUUCCAUGUGUCUAAGAGUCUAGGCCAGAUCUUGGAGGCAGCUGUGAAUGUGGGCAGCCGAACGCUGGAGGUCCAGCUUGACGCACUCCUGGGCGCCCUGCAUGCCCAGAUCUGUGUGCCAGUGGAGUCGUCCAGCCCCCUUGUGGCCAGCAACCAGAAGGAGGUGCUGCGUUGCUUCACGGUGCUGGCCUGCUUUGCCCCUGACCGCCUGCUGGCCUUCUUGCUGCCCAAGCUGGACACCAGCAACGAACGGGUCCGCGUGGGCUCCCUGCAGGUCCUGAGGCAUGUCAUCAACUCGGCCGCUGCGCAGAUGGAAGUUCGGAAGCUCUUCAUUCUGUCCUCCAUGCGGCUCCCCCUUCUGGACGCCAAUGACAAGGUGAAGCGGGCAGUGGUGCAGGUGAUCAGCGCCAUGGCCCACCAUGGCUACCUGGAGCAGCCCGGAGGCCAGGCAAUGAUGGAGUACAUUGUGCAGCAAUGUGCACUGCCCCCCGAGCCGCAGCCCGAGAGGCAGGGCCCAGGCGCUGAGGACCUGCCCGCGGACAGUGUGCACGCCAUCAGCAUCAGCACCCUGUACCUCAUCAGCACCACUGUGGACAGGAUGAGUGACGUGCUCUGGCCGUACCUGCUGGAAUUCCUUACACCUGUGCGAUUCACUGGGGCACUGACACCACUCUGCCGGAGCCUGGCACACCUGGCCCUGAAGAGGCAGGAGACUGGGCCAGAUGCCUUCCUCAUCCAGUAUGAAGCCAGUGUGAACCUCCCAUCACCCUAUGCCAUAACCACUAGGCUGCUGGUCGUAUCUUCUGACCCUUACAUGGGAGAUGGCCGGGGGGCGGCCUCGCUGCGGCUGCUACAUGUCCUCCAUCACCACAUCCACCCUCUACUGGGCCCAAGAUGGGCGACCACUGUCCCUCUGCUGUUGCAGCACCUGGAUGAGCACACUGAGGAGACCCUGUCUCGGAAGGAGUGGGAAGAAAGGCUUCUGAUGUUCCUGCGGGACACUCUGGCUGCCGUGUCUGAUAACACUUGGAUCUGCCAGCUGAGCUUGGAAAUGUGCAAGCAGCUGCCCUGCUACAACGGGGUACCCCAGGAGAAGAACUUCCUGUACAAAUGCAUAGGGACCACCCUGGGUGCCGCAUCCAGUAAGGAGGUGGUGAGGAAGCACCUUCAAGAGCUGCUGGAGAUGGCCAGAUAUCAGGAGGAGGCUGAGCGGGAGGGCCUGGCCUGCUGCUUUGGCAUCUGUGCCAUUUCGCACCUGGAUGACACCCUGGCCCAGCUGGAGGACUUUGUGCGGUCCGACGUGUUCAGGAAGUCUGUCGGCAUCUUGAGCAUCUUCAAGGACCGGAACGAGAGCGAGGUGGAGAAGGUGAAGGGCACACUGAUCCUGUGUUACGGGCACGUGGCCGCGCAGGCACCCCGAGAACUGGUGCUGGCCCGGGUGGAGGCGGACAUCCUCCGGAACAUGUUCCAGUGCUUCAACACCAAGGUUCUGGGGAUAAAGGUAGAAACCAAGGACCCAGCCCUGAAGCUGUGCCUCGUCCAGAGCAUCUGCAUGGUCAGCCAGGCCAUCUGUGGCAGCACACAAGCCACCACUUUCCACUUCUCGAGGAAAGCAGAACUGGUGGCGUGCAUGAUGGAGUUCAUCCGGGCAGAGCCCCCUGAUCUGCUGAAGACACCCUUGCGGAAGAAGGCCAUGGUGGCCUGCACACUCCUGGUCUCCUUGGAGCCACCAUUGGAGGAGCAGAUGUGGGCAGACGUGAUCCAGGGCUGCCUGCACAGCGUCAUGGCCCUGCUUCCAGAGCCCUGUGGAGAGGGUUCCAGCAACCACAAGGCCCUGUACUUCGACACAGUCCAUGCCCUGGAGGACCUGCUGACAAGUCUCUUGUGUCAGAACAUGACCCCUCAAGGCCUGCAGCUCAUGGUGGAGCAUCUGAUCCCGUGGAUCAAGUCCCCCCACGGCCAUGAGCGGGAGCGGGCAAUGGGGAUCAGCGCCUGCCUGCUGCGCUACUUCUUGGAGCACCUACACGUCAGUGCGCUGGUGCCCUUCCACAACCUGGGCCUUCUUGUUGGCCUCUUCUCCCCACGCUGCGCUGACCUGUGGCCGGCUACCCGCCAGGAGGCUGUAGAUUGCGUCCACUCCCUGCUCUAUGUCCAGCUGGGCUACGAGGGCUUCUCCCGGGACUAUCGGGAUGACGUUGCUGAGCAGCUCCUGGCCCUCAAGGGCGGCCUCGUGCACCCCGACUUUACUGUGCUCUUUCACACGUGCCACACCGUGGCCCAGAUCAUAGGGAAGCGCCUCCCGCCCGAUCAGCUCAUCAGCCUCCUGCUCACCAUGUUUGAGGGUUUGGGGGAUCCUGACAAGAACUGCUCCCGCGCUGCCACGGUCAUGAUCAACUGUCUGCUGAAAGAGCGAGGCGCUGUGCUGCUGGAGAAGGUUCCUGAGAUUGUGAGUGUGCUCCGCUCCAAGCUGCAGGAGACCCAGGAAGAGCACGUCCUGAAGGCUGCCCAGCACAGUGUAUACCUGCUGGCCUCCCAGCACCGUGCUGCCGUUGUGUCCAGCCUGCUGGGCAGCCCCCUGCCCUUUGACAGCCACACCUGUACCCUGUGGCGGGCCCUGGCCGUGGAGCCCAGCCUUGCCGCCACAGUGCUGGAACUGCUUCUGGAGAAGAUGGGCAGGGACGUCCCCUUCAAGGAGAGUCGGGCCUUCCUGCUGAGCAGCACCCCGGACCGUGUGGCCACCACACUGCCCCUUGCGGCCACGUGUGCCCUGUAUGAGGUUCUGUCCGCACCAGCCUCUGGGCCUGCGGUGCUGGAGCUCUACCCCGAGCUGUUUGUGGCCCUCCUGCUGCGCGUCAGCUGCACAGUGGGCGUCCAGCUGCCCCGGACCCUGCAGGGCAGGGAGAAGAGGAGCUCCAGUGCACCCCUGGCCGCCAGGAGCCUGGAGCCCUGCAGCUCCGCGGUGGACACCCUGCAGGCCAUGCUGCUGAGGGGAGGCAGCGAGGACGUGGUGCGGCACCUGGAGCUGGAAGGUGGCUGGGAGCUGCUGAGGACCUCUGAGGGGCACGAGGAGGGUGUCACUCGGCUGGCCAGGGCCAUGGCGAAGCAUGCGGGCCCCCGGCUGCCGCUGGUGAUGAAGGCCCUUGUCUCCACACACAGCAGCGUUUACGAGAUCCAAAGAGUCACUUCCACGGCCUUCUUGGCAGAGCUGCUCAGCAGCAACGUGGUCAACGACCUGAUGCUGUUGGAGUCACUGCUGGACAACCUGACCGCCCGGCAGAAGGACACGUGUGCCAGCGUGCGGCGCCUGGUGCUCCGUGGGCUGGCCAACCUGGCUUCUGGCUCCCCAGACAAGGUGCAGGCCCAUGGCCCCCAACUCCUGACAACCCUGAUCGCUGGACUGGACGACGUGGAUGACCUGCACAGCCUGGUGGCCCUGGAGGCCAUGCUGGGCCUGGCAAGGCUCUUAGACCUGGUGGAACCGCGGGACCUCCGCUCAGUGCUGCUGCAUGUGGCCAUCCGCAUCAGGCCCUUCUUUGACAGCGAGAAGGCAGAGUUCCGGCAGGCGUCCGUCUGCCUUUUUGGCCACCUGAACAAGGCCUGCCACGGGGACUGCGAGGACAUGUUCCUGCAGCAGACUGUCAGUGCGCUGGCGCCCUUGCUGUUGCACCUGCGCGACCCCCAGGCCGCUGUGGUUGGUGCCUGCAGGUUCACUCUGCGCAUGUGUGGCCCCAACCUGGCUUGCAAGGAGCUGACGGCCGCCUUCCAGAAGCACCUGCAGGAGGGCCGCGGCCUGCACUUCGGCGAGUUCCUCAACGCCACCUGCAAGCACCUGAUGCGGCACUUCCCGGACCUGCUGGGCCGCCUGGUGAGCACCAGCCUCUUCUACUUCAAGAGCUGCUGGGAGGACGUGCGGGCCGCGGCCCCCAUGUUCACCGGCUUUCUGGUGCUGCACGCAGACCGCGAGCUCCGGCACCAGGUGGACCUGGAACAGCUGGUGGCUGCUCUCCAGCUCCUGCUGAAGGACCCAGCCCCCGUGGUGCGCAUGAAGGCAGCAGAGACACUGGGCCGCCUGGUGAAGUUUGUCUGA